AAAUAUCUGCACCCUGUACUGUGCAGCUUACAUAUUUUCCUUCCCUUUAAGGAACAGCAUUAACAAAGUGUUAAUUGCAGGCCAGCUCAUGCUGUGUUGUUUUCAGGCUCAAGCAAAAGACGUUGAAACCAAGAAUUAACCUACUGUUUUCAGAUCAGUAAUUUGUGAAAAAAAGAAAAUUUUACUACAUCACACUGCUGAGAGACCCCGUAUCUCGUUACCUCAGCGAAUGGCGUCACGUCCAACGCGGAGCUACUUGGAAGACCUCCUUGCACAUGUGUGAUGGCCGGACACCAACUCCUGAAGAGCUGCCGUCGUGCUAUGAAGGCACGGACUGGUCCGGCUGUACGCUGCAGGAGUUCAUGGAUUGCCCGUAUAAUUUGGCCAACAACCGCCAAGUGAGGAUGUUGGCUGACUUGAGCUUAGUGGGCUGCUACAACAUGUCUUUCAUCCCAGAGAACAAGCGGGCACAGAUCCUGCUGGAGAGCGCAAAAAAGAACCUCAAAGACAUGGCCUUCUUCGGCCUGACAGAGUUCCAGAGAAAGACUCAGUACCUGUUUGAGAGAACUUUCAACCUGAAAUUCAUCCGGCCCUUUAUGCAGUACAACAGCACCAGGGCGGGAGGGGUGGAGGUGGAUAACGACACCAUCCGCAGGAUUGAGGAGCUCAAUGACUUGGACAUGCAGCUCUAUGACUAUGCAAAGGACCUCUUCCAACAGCGCUACCAGUACAAGCGGCAGCUAGAGAGGAUGGAGCAGAGGAUAAAGAAUCGGGAAGAGAGGCUUCUUCACCGGUCCAAUGAAGCGCUUCCCAAGGAAGAGACCGAGGAGCAAGGACGCUUGCCCACUGAGGACUACAUGAGCCAUAUUAUAGAGAAGUGGUAGACUAGGCAGACUUUUAUAUUAACAAUAUUGUAGGGUUUCCUGAUAAAAGAUCAUGGAAGUAAAAUUACAAAA